AUGAACUGCUAUUUGUUGGUAUUUUUGGUGUGUCUACUUCUUGAGGAGAGCGAACAAGCCAUCGGUAUUAUUCCGAUUCGCGCAUCCGCGUCUUCGGGCUACCGGUAUCCCAGGGCAGCAGCUGUUGCAAUAGCUCGGAAGAAGACCUCGCGAAACACGACACGCCGACCAUCGCAGAGCAACAAUAAGCAGAGUGAGGAACGAAGAGUCACUACCACCACUUCGAAAUCGGCAAUGAUAGCAGAAGUUGAA